AUGGAAACUUUCGUUGGUUAUAUUAAGACCCCGCAGGAUGCUCUCAUCGUGUUUGAAGCUUGUCGUCGUGGUCAACUGAGCCGUGUGCAGCGACGAUUAAGUAGCAAAGAGCGACUGAAUAUACGUUCAGGAUCGGUAUUUGCAUGGGAUGAACGGGAAGCUGGCAUGCGACGUUGGACCGAUGGUCGUACAUGGUCCCCCAGUAGAGUCCUCGGCAGUUUUCUGACUUAUCGCGAACUGGAUACCAAACGCCGUCCACGCCGCCCUUCAUCGUCCUGUUCCUACAAAUCCGGAGGUUUGAUCAAGCAAAGUUUCUCGAUCUGUACGGCCACAAAUCAAAAGAUCCAUCUCAUCUCUUAUUACACCAAAGCCGAUAUUGCUGCCGGUCGUCUUACCCAGCCAUCGCAGCAUCCCCUCUUAUCUCACAUUAAAGUUCCCAAAGGACUGUACCCUGAAUUAAAUCCCUUGGACACCAGUGGUGGUCAUUCCGCCACUCUUCAUAAUUUACGUCAAGAUCUCUCGUAUGUCACCGAUCUCGCCUCUCCUUCGUUCCAACCUAUGAUGAUGCCAGCUCAACCGCCUCUCUUGGUUCAAGACAUUAACUGGUGCAACCUAUCCUCCAGCGAAGACAAACGCCAAUUGCAAGCUUUGCAAGGCCAAUUACGCUUAUGA